GUAACAUAGCCAUGUCCCCUUGUCAACUAUUCUUACCAGGAACCAACACCAUUGUUGCGAAUAAUUAAUAUCAAACGUCUCUGAGAAUCGACCUUUUGGUCACUAAAACACAGAGAAGAUGCCGUCUUCGAGCGGGUCCUCCGACUUUGUGCGAAAACUCUUCAACAUGUUGGAAGAACCCGAGUAUCGCCAUAUUUUGCGCUGGAGCGAUACUGGAGAUUCUUUUAUUGUGUUGGAUACGAACGAGUUUACAAAGACGAUUUUACCUCGACAUUUUAAGCACAGCAACUUUGCUAGUUUUGUUCGACAGUUAAAUAAAUAUGACUUUCACAAAGUGCGUAAUGAGGACGGGGCUCCUUCCAUUUAUGGUGAAGGUGCUUGGGAAUUUCGCCAUGAUGAUUUUCAACUGCAUCAUAAAGAUCUGCUAGAUAAUAUAAAGCGUAAGGCUCCUUCAAAACGUAACAUGUCGAGUGACGCUGCUACUCCCGCCAUUGAAAACCUUCGGCAACGAGUUGAUGGUAUCCAUGACUUUCAAAAAUCUUUGGAUACGAACCUUGCUGGUCUUGCAAACAGUUACCAAACUAUUCUUUUAAAGCUGUUCGAACUCAAACGAGGAAUUGAGUCAAGAGACUUACUCAUUGGUAGCCUCAUAUCUUAUUUAUGUGAUAUGGAAAGCAAUAAUCAGCAACAAACUACUUCCAACUCCAUGUUUGUUCCUUCUCAUCCACUUCAAAAAUUAAUCGAUGGCUAUCAAUCCAUCACAAAGGGACAAAAUCUCACUCCUGUCUCGUCUAUGCCUCAUAUUCCUGCGUCUCAACCAUUGGCAACACCGUCUUCUGCGUCCAAGAUUGCUAUGGAUUCAACCCUUGCCAGUCAAGGCACUCACAGAUCAUUAUAUGCGACACCUUCUUCAGAUUAUGAUCUAGCUGGCAAGGAGAAGCAGACUAAUGGAACGGCUUCUGCUACCUCGCUAAAUACAUCUUUGUCUGCGAAUGGACCACCAAAUUUACCACACCACCCUGCCUUCUCUAUUUAUGAAAAAUACCCUCCUAUUCCUCAACCUACUGAACCGACAUACAGCCCUCAUCUAGAGCAAAAUCCAUCCAUAUCUAAAUCGUAUUCCCAAUUAUCGGUAGAGUCUUUAGCAAAAUCAAAUCCCGUAACGGAUUCCUAUUCUUUAAUGGCUUCUAAUAUGUCUGUUACUGGAGGUAUUUGGCGAAGGCAGCCUCGUAUUCUCCUAGUUGAGGAUGAUGAAGUUUCAAGAAGGAUGACUAUCGAUUUUCUAACUCUUUUUGAUUGCCAAGUAGAGGUUGCUGUUGAUGGUAUAAGCGCUGUAAAUAAAGCAAAUAGUGGUGGUUACGACUUGAUCUUGAUGGAAUUCAUACUUCCUCAACUAGAUGGUCUCUCAGUUACGUGCCUUAUCCGCCAAUAUGAUCAAAAUACUCCAAUAGUGGCUAUUACGUCUAAUCUAUCCAUGGACGAUGCUGUCAAUUACUUUAAUCAUGGCGUUACUGAUCUUCUAGUAAAACCUUUUACCAAAUCGUCAUUACUACAUACAUUGAAAAAGCAAUUAAUGAAUUUGUUACAACAAAAUUCUACUGUUAGCUUAUCAUCAGGCUCACCAGGAGAGGAUUUAAAAGACAGCAAACAGCCUGUUUCUUUUUAUUUAGAAACCGACACACCGAUGUUUCCGGCUCGUGUGUUGCAGGACCCUGUUCAGUCUGGUAUUCAUCCUCCACAAUAAUACCGAUGACAAUACAACCUUUUGCAUGGUAUUUACAAAGCAGGUCUUUUGCUUCAUUAAUUUUUUAUUCUAGAUGCUUUAACUGGUUAUGACUUGUAUUAUAAAUAUAUUUUGCUGCAAUAUAGUUAAGGUAUGUGUUUUUUUCUCUUUUAUAUAAAGGAAACCCCAAAAUUAUAAUGGGUUUAAUACUAUUGUUCAAUUGUUAUAUGCUUAC